UGAAACUUACCACAUUUAUUACAAAAUCAAACAGUUGUUUACGUUCAACUUGAACAUCUCGAUCUCCGAUAUUGCCAUUUGUCAAGGUGACAUAUCUGACGAAAUAAGCUAAUGAUGGGACAUUUCUCGUAGCUCGUAGGCGAUUAUCUCUAAGUGUGCCAAAGCACAGAGUAACCAAAGUGCUAAGAGGCCGAAUACUUGUCAGAAACAUGCAAAAGAAGAAAACGAUACUGAGCGUUUAACUAUUCUUUUUGUGGAAGAUAUACAAGCUUUCCGUAUGACGUAGGUGGAAAAAUGGCGCUCGCCAUAGUCCCUCUUAAAAGUUGCAAGUGAUUUACACAUCUUAUAUUUUCUUAUUGUAUGAUUGUUGUUUUGUUUGUUCUCAAAAUCAACCUAACCUGUUCAAAAUCAAAAUGUAGAUUUUGAAUAAAGCUAUCAUCGACUAAUGAAUUUCCCAGAUAACCAGAGUAAAAUUCACUGUGACGUGAAAUGAAUCUCUAGGCAUGAUGAGCAGAAAUGUGUUAAUUUUUCUACCAAAUGAUUUAGACUUGACUGGAACAGGAUAUUUACGAGGAGUUUACAAACAAUUUGAAGAAUCGGAAGCUUAUUACAUUACAUACAACAAAGCACUGAAAUCUCAUCAUCAAGCUAUAGGAUAUAUUGGAAAAAAAAUUACAGACAGCAAGUCUAAAAAAGCAUUGUUCUUUAUUGAUAAUACUGGAAGUAUAGGAUUAUUGAAGGACGAUACAAAUUCUCGGACUGUAAUAAAAUAUGAGUAUCAAGCAUUUCAAAAUUCUGAUCUUAUAUUUAGAAAUGUACAAGUAUAUGGAAAACAUUUUAACGCACUGAUGGAAGAGUUGAGGAAAAACAAAAAUGAAACCAAUUGCAAUGGAAAAUAUACUUUCAUUAAAAUGGGAUUAUUGUAUUUGAUUUGGAUAGUGGAUUGUAUCAUAGAGUUGAUAGCCAAAAUGGACAUGGUUGUAUCAUGCUCUCACACAUUCACAUAUUUUGGAGAGAGCAUGCAAAAUCUAAAAUGGUUUGUGGAAUCCAUUUUAUACGAGAAGAAACUAACUCCUAAACUAGGGAAUGCACUUUUAGCAAAAAUUGUUGAUGUGAUAUGUGGAAUACUUUUGAUGAACUGUUUUUUACACCAUCAACAUGAAAUAUUGUAUGCUUUUCAAGAUGCUGUCGAGAUAAUUAUAUCGAAUUUGAAAGGUCUGCUAAUAUACCUCAUGGGUUCACCAAUAGGUCUGAAAUUAAACCACGCUUUCAAUAGAUCGCUGGGGCAAUUCUUUUUCUAUCACAUUUCUCUUUGGAGACUAUUUCUGCAUGGAAUCCAGCCUUUAUUUGCCAACAACUUCAAGUUGAUAGUAUUGCCAGGAAUUUUGGGAUUCUCGUUUCAACUGGCUAUGAUUGCAGAUAUCAUUUCUAUAGCUACAUUCCAUGUAUAUUGUAUCUAUGUUUAUGCUGCCAGGUUAUUCAAUCUCCAGCUUCGAGGGAUAGUAUCUUUAUGGCGACUGUUCAUCGGUCGAAAGUACAAUCCUCUCAGAAAUAGGGUAGACUCGUGCAAAUAUUCUUCAAAUCAACUGUCAAUUGGAACUAUGGGCUUUACAGUACUACUCUUUCUCUUGCCGACUACCACGAUGUACUACGCUGUUUUUUCUAUGUUUCGACUUCUGAUCUUGUCGGUGACUGGACUUCUUCAAGGCAUGAGGUAUUUAUUGAAUGCCCUGCCAAUAUAUGUGAUGUGUCUUUGGAUAGUAAGAUCAUCCUCCAUCGCAGGUACGUCAUUUUCAACCACUACUUUUAAUUUUCUUUUGCUUCAACUCAACUGUUCUACGAGUCCGAUUUUGUAAGUAAGAACCGAUUGCGCGUCCUGUCAGGUGACCCGCCGAUUGUGAAGUAUGCUCAGUAGUUCGGUUUUUAACUCAAAAAAAUCCUCCUACUGUUCACCAGAAGCUUGUCGAAUUGGGCGCGCUAUACAAAACCGGCGGUGCAGCCUUUCAUCUAGUAGAGUCGUUCUACUCCACGACAACACUCGGCCAAAAGUUAUGGUAAGAACUCGGCCUAAACUAGACAAGUUCCUUUGGGAGUCAUUGGAUCGUUCACCAUCAGAGGUCGCCGUUAUUUGACGACGGGAUCCAGAAGUUUGUGCCAUUACUUGACAAAUGUUUCAGUGGUUAAUAAUAAAAAAUUUCAUAUUUCGGUUUGUAAUACAACUUACUUUCAUGAAUAAAGAUUCUCUGACUCCAUUACAAAACGUUUCUUACUUUAUUAAAUUAUUCUGGUAUGGUAGCUGCUUAUAAGAUUUGGAAUAUUCGCAUCUGCGUUUUACAUCAAAUACCCUGC